UUAUCUUUCAUGUUUUGGUACCACCACCCCUCUGAGAAUGGUUUAGUCUGAAGGAGACGUCAACAGACAGACGAGGAUGCACUGCCAUCUAGCGGCGAGUUUUUAAAAAAGCAGGCAGGCAGGUUUGAGAAUGUCUUUCUCCUAUUUUUGGGACUUUUUUUCAUUACCGGCUAAAAUAUAAUAUCUUAUAAUUUACCUUACGGGAGAUAAGAAUGACUAAUGCUGCUAAGAAUUUAUCGAAAAGCAUAUAGCGAACGUCAUUGGUCAAGCGUCAAGAGUAAAAGGUUUUAAGUGAGCUUUAGUAACUGAGUGUGAAAAUGGAGGACCAGAAACCUCUUCAGGAUCUGCAGCAGGACUCCAAAAAUCAUGUUGCCAAGAACCAUGAUUUAAAAACCUGUGAGCCUCAUCCAGAACACCAAGGGCUUUCCUUACCUAUUGAUGAUAGAGCAUCAGUAAAGAAAAGACUCAGAGAAGAGAUGAAUAAAGAAUAUAACCGAUUUCUUCAGGAGCAAGCUCAAAUAAGGAAAUUAAAUAGGAGAGUUCUUCCUGUCACCCCUAAGCCUGAAGAAAGUCAACCAUCCAAGGUUGUGAAUUCAACUGGUGAAGACCAUCUCUUCUCACUUAAAACCAAUGCAAAUGCAGACCAGGACCACGCUGCAUCCAGAAGGGAUGCUGCCACUCUGACUGAGGAUGCAGGAGAAAGAAGCACAGGGACUCCAGUCCCACAGUCACGGAGGAAGUGGAACAUCCCUAAUACAAGAGGACCUCAAGGUUCUGAAGAGGGGCAUGACACAGAUAAAGAGGAUAGUAUCUGUUGUCAGACACAGGAUAUUCAGAUAUCAGAGGAGCCUGAAAGCUUAGAGUUGGAGCUGAACACAGAAAAAGAGGCUCAAAUUGAUUUCAUUGCAAGGAGGAGACAAAACAGAAGUACCCACGUCUGCAGAACUGAUAUAAAGGCGGUGGAGGCUUCUGCUGCUUGCAUUGAGAACAGCAGUGGCCAAACUGGACAGACAGAAAAACAAACAGCAGGCAACACAAAAAGGCACGCAGAAUCCUCAGUCGCUUCCAGCAACGUUAAACAGGGAUUUGCAACUGGUCUCAUAAUUGGAGCGACAGAAGAACCAGCUGUCACUCAAAUGAAGAAGGAACAGUACAAACAGGAGCUGCUGAGGCAAAUUGCUGAACGACGAGAUAACAAACUGAAGGAGAAAAAAAUGGCGCUGAAGGUCGCUGGAGCCAGUGACCCAGAGAAAGAGCCUGGCAGGAUCAAGCGGUUUGGGGCGGAGCUUGAACAGACUGACAGCCUCAAAAAGGACGUUCCUCACAAACCAGACAUGGAGUACGCUGAGGAGGUUUUAAAUACAAACCCUAAACGUGACAAACCUUUUGAAGAUUCAAAACAGAGCCCAUCCCCAGGAAAGACCUUCAGUUCAAAGCUCAAGCAGCUCCCGGAGAGGACGGCGCCUUUGUCUGUGAUGGCUGUGCCACAUCCUCUCCUCCCACCUCUGGACUAUUAUAACGAAGACCUCAACAGGGCCGUCAUCCUGAGAUUUCCUGGUGUUGCUCCUCCUCCUCUUGCUCCCAUUGUACCAAACACUUACAUGACUCCCUAUGAUGGAGCCCAUUUGUACUAUGGAAGCGGGAACUAUCCAUUUCAUCCUGUUAAAAACCAAAAUGAAGUCACAUCAAAUGUGGAAGUUCAAAACAACACAAAUAAUGACAUUUCUCCAAAGAAGUUGCCUCCUCUGAACGCCAAUGACUGCACUGACUCACCCCCGUCCUCCACUGAAAGCCUUCUUGUAGACAAGAGUCCCCUCAGGAGAGACAAUGCAGCAAACUAUCAGGAAGCACUGAGACAGCAGAUCAAAGAAAGAGAAAGCCAUAAAAGACGAGAGAAAGAGGAGAAUGAAAAGUUCCAAGCUGAGAUGGAUUCGUUCAACCCCUGGGGGAGAGGUGGAGGUGGGGCUCCAAUUAAAGACCAAAAUGGAAACCUUGUCAGUGACUACUAUCAGAUGCACAGAAUCAAUGCAGAAAAAAAGUCCGGAGCUUAUGAAACCGAGGCUCAUUUUCCAGGUUCCGAUGAUCUGUCGCCUCAACGACAGCUCAGUAUCAAAGAAAGACUCAGAGCAGAGCAGAAACGAGAGAUUGAAGAAAGGAAGAGAAGGCAAGCGGAAGAACGAGAGAGGAUGAGGAUCAUAGAAGAGAAAGAAGAGGAGAGGCUGGCCAAGGAGAGAGCUUUCAUAAAGCAGAACUAUGAGGAGGAGCAAAGGAAAUUAAAGAACAAAGAAACCAUCCAACCGAUACCCCAAAUACCCCAGGAGGAGGAGGUGAAGAGGAAGGAAAAACAGAGGAUGCGUCCGAGGACUGAGGAAAGAAAAGGGAACACAUUACGAGUCAUUUCUGAGGUGGAGCAAACGCCUACAAACUCGAGGCCGUCCUCUGUCACUCCCAACACAUUUUUACAGGAACAGCCUGUUCCAGCAGCACAGCAUCGGCUGGUCCCUGAGGGAGCAUCACUGCAACACAGUGGUCGGGAAGAAGUGAUCAGAGAGCUGUCGGCCCUCCGGAGGCUUCUGAAGACAGAGCAGAAAAAACUGGAGGUCCAGAUGGGUCAGACGUCCAUCCAAAGCAGAAGACAACCCACCGCUGAUGCCUCUGAGGGUGCGAGGAGAGCAGGUGCUGUUGCACAAGUCGAUAAAAAAAAUCACAAAGGACUCAAACCAGCUGAAUUACAGAGAUACUGAUGCACACUGAUGGUUAAAUAAAAAUAUUUUCAAGUUUUAA